GCCAGGUGAAAUCAAUAAACGGGGAAGCGGUUUCUUACGUAUUCUUCCUCAUUCAGUUUAUCGUAAAAUCAAUCUCUCGGAGUAAUUCAUUUAGGGUUUCAGUUUCAACAACACACAACACCGAUUUGGUAAUAGCAAUGGCGGCCUCUAAGGCAGCCGAUUCUUACAUUGGGAGUCUAAUUUGUUUGAUUACAAAGUCUGAUAUUCGUUAUGAAGGUUUUCUAUUCCAUCUUGAUGCUCAUGAAUCCACCAUCGGUCUUCGUAACGUGAAAUCUUAUGGGACAGAAGGACGAAAGAAGGAUGGACCUCAGAUAUCUCCCAGUGACAAAAUUUAUGAGUACAUUUUCUUCCGAGGUAGUGACAUAAAGGAUCUGCAGGUUAUAUCUUCACCACCCCCUCAAAGUACUUCAGUUGUUCCUGAUGAUCCUGCCAUAAUACAGACUCAUUUCCCUAACCCAACACCAUCAACCAUGGGCAUGGCAUCUCCGGGUGCUGCACAAGUAGCAGAUGUUAGUACCAGUGCACCAUCCAUGCUCCCUGUUGCACCUUUCCAAGUGAAUCUGCCCCCCAAUCCUUUGCCACCAAGUUCUAGCCUUUGGGGCUCGUCACUUCCUCCUCCACCUGUAAAUAUCAAUGGGACUGCUGUGCCUAAUUAUUGGCCAGGAUUAGUUGGGUCCUCAGGAGGAGUUUCUCAUUUUCAACAGCAACGUUUUCCUCCGCCACCACAGAGUUUGGUUGCAUCCCUUCCCAUUCAGCAGCAAGUGCAACACCAAAAUGUGAAUGCAUUAGCCGGAGGAUCUAGUUUGGCUGCACAACGUCACCCAUUGCUACUGCCUAUUAGUAAUGCUUCCCCAAAUUUAUUUCCUGCCGUGCCGUCUCCAUCUGGGCAAUCCAAUCCUGGGCAGCCUGCUAAACCGGUUUUUAAUUUGUCAUCUAUUCCAAUGCCAAAUAAUGCAUCCCGUGCUCUUCCAACUGUAGCAGUGGAUUCUUGCCCAAGAACAGUAUCUUCUCUGGAAGCAGAACUUAAUGCCAAUGCUAUUCUGGCUGCAGUAUCAGAAGAACCAAAUUCCGUCAUUGGCACUUCAGAUUCUUUCCCAACAACCUCGCAAACUGUGUCAUCUAUUGUAGACACAAAAGGUGCAUCUCUCAGCAAUCUGUCUAGACUAUCCCUCUUGACACCGGAGGUACAGUCAGGAAUGAAGGAUUCGUCAUCAUCUCGGUCAAUGCAAACUCCAAACUUUGAUGUACACACUGUUCAAGCAACAGUAUCAGAACCACUGCCAUCGGCGAGUACUGAAGAAACCCUGAAGUCAUUACCAAAAUCGACAACUAAAACAGCAUAUCGAGACACAUUAUCCGCUCAUCACAAUAGUAGAGUCCCCACACACAGAGGAAAUAUGCCAAAUGGAGGUGCUGUAUAUACACAUCAAAGUUACAGGAAACAUGCAUCAGGAAGAGGAAAUGGGUUUAUUGGAGCUGCUCCACAUGCUCGUCAGAGUAAUAUGGGCAUGGGCAGAGAGAACGUGCCAAAUGGAGUUCCUCAACGCAAUCAUCACAAUGUAGGGAGUCAAUUUCGGGGACGUGGAGCUAAGAAUCCCCAUGUGGUUAAAAGAUUCUCCGAGGAUUUCGAUUUUGAGGCAAUGAAUGAAAAAUUCAAUAAGAAAGAGGUGUGGGAAUUUCUAGGCAGAAGUAACAAAGCUGAAUCAGUUGAUGGAAUCGGGUAUGAGAAAGAGAUGGAUGACAGUGAUGCAGAGGAUGAAACUGGGGAUGGAAGUGCAAAACAUGAUUACAAGCCUGUUUAUUGUAAGGACGACUUCUUUGAUUCUCUUUCUUGUCAUACACUUGAUCGUGAAUCUGGAAAAGUGAAGUUCUCUGAACAAAGGAAAAUAGACGUUGAGACAUUUGGUGAGAUUCAGAAAAACCAACGGGGUCGUGGUCAGGGAGCUCGCAUGUCAGGGGCAUCUCAACGCUCAUAUCGUGGAAGAGGAUAUGACAAUGCACGUGGUGGCCGAGGCCAAGGAAGAACCGUUUGGGGUCGUGUCACUUAAAUAAGAGCUUCUAUGUGUACCUGUGAAUGGUGUUCAGGAAGUGGACAUCACCCGGCGUUAUCUAGUUGUAGUAAACUUCUAGUCAGGUUUAACUUGACAUUAUUGUUAGUAUAAUAAAUAAAUAACAGAAGGGUAGAGUGUGCUGCUGUACACCGAGGGUCAGAACUACUUAAAGAUGAGCUAUGGUAAGACUUGGGAGUCCGGCGAUUGUAGGAAUAUGUAAUCAGUCACAGGGUUACCUGAUACGCAACCACCUUUUGUGUACUAGGAGAAACAAGUUGCAAGACUAGCUGUUUUGAAUAAAAUCUUUCAUGAACUUUGUGAAUAACGAAGCAUUGACAUGAAAACUUUUUAC